GUGUGAGACGGAAGUGUUAUCGAGCGUCGUUGAUUGACGGCGUAAUUUCUUUCUUUACACGCGGGUAAGAUGGUUCGGUAUGUCGAUCACCAAGAUUGAUUAAACACGAAAUUAUAGGAAAUGUGAUAGGAUUUCGGUUAACUAGUAUCGGUUGGAAAGUUAUGUAGGAGAAUUUGUUGUGUUUAGUGAGUUGUACUGAAAUACUAAACAGAAAAUGGGUGAUUGCAAUUUAACUUUAACGUACAGUUGUCCGAAAACUUGCAAAUAUUCCUAUUCAUCCUGGUGCCCUACCUGCGAGAUACAUUCACCCAGAAGGAGGUCUAGAAGUGAAACCAAUGAACCUAGGAUAGAGUGCCGAAAAAAAUGUAAGGAUAUGAAAACCUUUACGCCAAGAAAAUAUCACAGAAGCAGAGAGUAUGAAAAUAUGGAGUUGGAAUAUGAUGUGAAAGAUGGAUGGAGUCAAACAAAAGAUAACUGGUGUGAGAGCAAAGAUAAUAGAGUGGAAUGCUGUAGGAUAAGAUCAAACUUGUGUGAACUGCCUACAUCUUAUAUAUCUAACAAUUGCCAAAGUAUGACAACAAAACUGUCUAGUGACACAAGUGACUAUGUUGUCAAGUCCAAGCCAUUAUUUAAUGAUAUAAAUCAAUUAAGCAGUGUUCAAAAGGAAUAUAAACCUAUUGUGAUGGAUAACAAGCUCAGUCCUAAUAAAAUUGACGUUUUAAGGCCUCAUUACAGACUGGAUCAGAGAUUAAGCUCGCCAAGGCAUUCGGCGUUACCUAAAACUAGGACUUCCCCCUUCCACAUUAAAAAUGAACUGUUUAGGGACAAUCAAAAUUGUGAUGAUUAUAAGAAUUGUAGGGAAUAUUGUACAUUAGUAGAUUUGAAACACCACAACAUACAAGAUCGAAGUAUGUGUUAUGAUACCUCAACAUAUUUUAAUACGGGAGAACUAGACUCUUUCAAUUUACAUGACAAGUAUAACACUGAAAUGAACCGCCUGAAGGAAAAUCUAGUAACGUUAAAAAAUUCUUCUCCCAGUAUAGAAAAAUCUCCCAGUGAUUGUAAUAGAUUUAUUCAACAGAUGCUUGAAAAGUACAGCGACAUUCCCGAGCCACUGGUCGCAAAACCAUAUGAACUAAAAGUGAAAAAACCUAAGGAAAAGCAAAUGCUUUCACCCACUGCCAAACAACGUUCCCGGAUCUCAUUGAAAACCAGACCUGCAGGUGCCAAAUUCAGCAAUGUCAAGUUGAGAAGGAACAGGCCCAAAGUAUCUUCCACACCGUGCCUCACACAAGCCAACACUGAAAGCGAGGGCUACCGUUCAGAGGACGACAAUGAACCGGAGGCGGACCUGGACGAAGCGGACGGCGGCAGCGAAGUUUCCAACGCCGAAAGUGUCGAAGACAAAAAGGACGAAUCGGAGGAGACCGAAAUCAGUCUGAACGAGACCGGUUCCGGCGACGCGUGCCGCGAGUGGCCAGUAAGACAGAGCCUGUUCCCGUACAUUCCGCCUUACAUUAGUUUUUCCGCACACAGUGCCGAACAUCCGACCAAAUUUCCAUUGGGCGGUCGCUUUUUCAAAUGGAAGCUCACUACAAUCACGCCCAUAUUAGUUAGGCAAACGUUAACCAAUUCGGGUUUUGCUUUGGUCAAAAGUGAGUUCAGUCGAGAGUCGAAUCAAUGGCUCGGCACGUGGGGCAAACACAUGAAAUCUCCGAUGUUCAGAACCCUGAAAGAAACCCAGAAAAUCAACCACUUCCCGGGUACCUUCCAGUUAGGUAGAAAAGAUAGGUUGUGGCGUAACUUUCAAAGACUGAUCAACAAGUUUGGACAUAAAGAAUUCGGAUUUAUUCCACACACAUACGUUCUACCUCAAGAGUUGCAACUACUCAAACAAAAUUGGGAGUACAAAAAUGGAAGCGGCGGUGAAAUGUGGAUUAUUAAACCGCCCGCUUCGGCACGCGGUGUCGGCAUAAAAGUGAUCAACAAAUGGUCGCAAUUACCAAAGAAAACGUCGCUGGUAGUCCAAAAGUAUAUCGCUAAACCAUACCUUAUAAACGGGAGCAAAUUCGACCUAAGAUUAUACGUUCUGGUCACCAGUUUCCAUCCACUAAGAAUAUAUUUAUAUCCUGACGGUUUAGCCCGGUUCGCAAGUGCCAAAUACAGCGAAGAGUCGAAAGAUUUGAAAGAUCGCUACAGGCAUUUAACAAAUUAUAGUAUAAACAAAUUGUCCGAUCAGUAUACUGCUAACGAAGACGCUAACUCAUGUCAAGGCCAUAAAUGGACCAUCUCCAAACUGAUGGAAUACCUACAGGAACGAGGUGUAAACAGCAGCCUCCUGUGGAAGAAUCUACAACAGUUGGUGAUAAAAACGAUGAUCUCCGCUGAAGCACCGAUCACACAGCUCUGCGAGGAGCACAUGAACAGCUUGUAUAACUGUUACGAAUUGUUCGGGGUCGACGUUUUGUUGGAUGAGGAUUUGAAGCCUUGGUUGCUAGAGGUAAACAUCUCUCCGAGUCUGCACAGUGCCUCACCGUUAGACGCACAUGUAAAGGGACCACUUGUGCAAACAUUGUUUGACAUGGCUCAAUUUCAUCUACCUAGUAGAAUCACAAAGGAAAGUCAGGAAACGCCGGGUGGUUUUGUUGGUAAAAUUUACACGACUGGUCUAAUGAAGACCGAGCGUCUGAAGCACAUAGAAUAUGAACAGUAUGAAUCUAGAUCGGAUUAUCUAGAGGACAUAUUGACGAAGCUGACGGGCGACGAUGUGAGACAGUUAACGAGGGCCGAGGACGAGUUCGUCGCCAAAGGAAAUUUCGAAAGAAUAUUUCCCACUGAGAACACACACAAGUAUUUACAGUUCAUGGAACCGCGAUACUACAACAGACUAUUCGAUGCCUGGGAAACGAAAUACAGCGCCAACCGAAAAGAAGGCAUCAAACUAUUGAAGAGCUUGUGCGAGAAAAAGGUCCAUCUGAAAGCGGCGCCGUCAUCGCGCUUAAAAAAGAACUUGCCGAGUACGAUCCCUGGCGAUGUGAAGGUUCAGCAGUCCAAGGAGGUACAGAAUCGUCCUCUGGAGGAGAUACUGAGGACAGCCUCAAUAACAAAUGACGUUACAAUUGUGUGUGCCAACUGAUGUUGCGUUAAUAAGGUGGAAUUAACACAAACAUGUCUGAAAGAACACCAGCAUUUCUAAACUGCCAUCAGUAAUUCAUUUAAUUUUUUUAAAAUUUAUGUUCAAACAAUAGUGUAUCAUGAAAUUGUAUUAUACUAGGUAUAUUUUUAAAUUAAUGUGUAGAGUCCCUUCAUUUCUAUUUAUGAUAUACUUUGUUAUUUAUUAAUAUUCUCAUUGAAUAAAAUCAUAAUUUAAAUUAUAAA